AUGAUUAAUAAGAAGAAACACAAACAUAUAAGUUACAGAGAGAGCUUACUACUGCCAAGAAUAAUAGAAUCAAUAAAAAAUAAUAAAGUACUUGUAACACUCAAUAAUGGAUUAAAUAUAGUGGGAUUUGUAGAAUCUUAUGGGAAAAAGGUAAAAACCCUCAAAAUACACCAGGCUCUAGAAGAACUGAGUUUAUUUACAAAAUCUACAAACUUUAACAAAAAAUUAAAUGAAAUCAUUGAAUUCUAUUAUGAAAAGUAUAAUUUACAAAACUGUGUAAGUAGGAAUGUUAAGUUUUUUCCUGAUUUUAAAUCUUUUGUUAUUUUAACAAAUUGUUCUAUUAACUAUAAUAAAAAGAACGUAAAACUGUCAAAAGUAUCGAUUAAUGAAUCCAACAUCGCUGUUCUCACUCCUAUCAUUAGGGAAUCAGAAACCGAUAAAUCCAAUCACGUUUCUAACAAACUACUUGAUAUUAAAAACCUUAUAUUGACCAAUCAUAUGAAAGAAAUAAAAAGGGAAGGAUACCUAAAGUGUGAUCGUUUAGGCAAAUAUGCAACAUAA